AUGUUGUACUACUUGGCGAUGAUGCUUAUGGUAUUGAGCUAUGCCUUCAGAAAUUCUACUCCAGGUGCAGAAAUAAAUUAUAAUAAGCUUUUAAAACAAGAAAGAGUUAUAACUGAACGCUGUUUCGGUCAACUGAAACGCCGGUUUCCUAUCCUACAGUAUGUUUGCCGCGUAAAGUUGGAAAAUGUGCCGAAGAUAAUUAUUGCUUGUAUUGUACUCCAUAAUGUUGCGAAGAGCUUGGGCUAUCCUGACAACAAGACCCAGAUGAAGAUGAAGGAAAUCCUGAGAAUGACGAACUUCCUCUCCGCCAACUAG